AUGAAGUACGAGGUGUCGCCCCUGAAGCGAAGUGAGCAGGGAUUUCUGCAGCAAACAGCACGCCAGCGCAUCACCACUUACGACGGCAAUACAUGGACAUACUACGAUUCGGGCAGGCUGAGUGAUGCGAACGCUGGAAGGCCUCCGUUGAUCUGCCUUCCUGGAACAAGUGGAGUCGCGCUGUGCUUUCAUUUGCAGUUGCAAGAGCUGGGGUCAAAAGGGUUUCGCGUCCUAGCAAUCCAACACCCCAUUGUUUGGACGCACGAGGAGUGGAUUCACAGCUUCGACAGGUUUCUCAAUGCCAUGAAUUUGUCUGAGAUCCACGUAUAUGCUGUGUCACUUGGCGCGUAUUUGAUUCAGCGUUAUAUGGCUCUCUAUCCGCAACGCGUCGCGUCCUUAGCUAUGACGCAGGGAUUUUGUGAUACCCGCGAGCUCCCUUACAUGCCAGACUUCUUUGUGAGAAAGUACAUACUUGAGCACUUUCCAAAACUGAAUCCCCACAUGGACGCACAGAAUCAAGCAAUCGAAUACAUGAUGGAUCAGUUUGGAACUCUUUCCCAACAAGAAAUUGCUUCACGUUUGACACUCAAUUGUCUCUCGUGGGAUCCUGAGAGCUGGAAAAUCGUCCUGUCAGACGAGAAAAUUACGCUAAUUGACAGCUACGAAGACACCAGUCUUCCAGCAAAACUCAAGGACCAAAUCGGAUUCCGCUACCCACGCGCCAAACAGGCAUUGAUAAGGAAUGGAGGUGAUUUCCCGUUCCUCUCGCACCAUGAAGAAGUCACCAUGUACCUCCAAGUUCAUCUGCGUGCAAACGGUGUUUUCAUUGCUUGA